AUGGAAUUCAACACUUCAACUCCAUCUGCUUCUUCCCCUCCACUUUCAAUAUCCCAGCUAUCUUCUCCGACUGCCUCAUUUCCCUCUCCUAAUAAUUCUCUCCAGUUAUCUAAUUUGUCUUCUCCUAAUUAUCCUGUUAAGAAUAAUAAUAGUAUUAAUAAUCCAACCUCUCCUUCACCACCACCACCACCACCACCACCACCUGUUGUUCUUAGCCCAUGUGCUGCCUGCAAGAUUCUUCGGCGGAGGUGCGCGGAGAAGUGUGUUUUAGCUCCAUAUUUCCCUCCUACGGAGCCCCUCAAGUUCACUAUUGCACACAGAGUCUUUGGAGCUAGCAACAUCAUCAAGCUCUUGCAGGAGCUUCCAGAGUCUCACAGAGCAGAUGCAGUGAGCAGCAUGGUUUAUGAAGCCAAUGCCAGAAUCAGAGACCCAGUGUAUGGCUGUACAGGAGCAAUUUGCCAGCUCCAGAAACAUCUCAGUGAGCUCCAAGCCCAACUGGCCAAGACACAAGCUGAGCUUCUCAACAUGCAAUGCCAGCAGGGCAAUUUAAUUGCUCUAAUUUGUAUGGACAUGACACAAUCCAAAGACCCCAUUUUGCAGCAGCAGCAGCAGCAGCAACAGUCUUACCUUGACACAAGCUGCUUUCUGGAUGAGACCAAUUUGGGCACAGCUUGGGAGCCUCUGUGGACAUAA